AUUUAUUUAUUUAUUUUAAAUUACGACUAAAAUAACGCCAGGAGUCGCUGUGUAAAACAGAAGAUAUGUCGACAUAUUUUAUGCCAAAGCUGUGAACGUUCCUAUAAAAUUUAAUUUUGUAAAAAAAGCAUUAAUGUGACAUUAUGUCGGACAAUAUCAAUGAAGACCAAUCAAAGUUAAAUCAACAACAAUCGGCUUGCUACGACUCCAAUGAUUUAUCCGUAGCCGACACCAACACUUCGGAAUUACUCGGAAUAACAACUUGUAGCGAUCCAGUUGUAUCUAAGAGCUUUAAACAGGACAACAACAACAGAUGGGAAAGGCAAAGUACUGGUUUUCAUAAUUCAUUUGGUUCAACAAAUGCUAAUAAUAUGAAUAAACCGAAAGUAGAUUUUCGUCUGUCCUCCAAGAGAAUGCAUCGAACAGAAGGAAAAGGCAUUCUUAAAUACAGAAAUAGUUCUGUUAUGGAUAAAUCUCUUCAGCAUCCUCAUAAUUUUCACUCGGAUGUUACGGAUGUACGACAAAUGGAACAAGGAUUACUACAAUUGCUAGACAAUUUUCAUUCUGGAAAACUGCAAGCGUUUGGUGAAGACUAUACAUUUGAAAAGUUGAAAAAUGUUAGAGAACAACAAGAAACAUUAGCAAGGCUACAUUUUGAUCUAAAUGCUCAACAAGAGAAACUGAAACCUUUAUCACAAGAAAGAAGAAAAGUAACCAAAGAAAAUCUUGAUAAACUUGUUGAAAAUGUAAGUAUUUAAUCAAUUGGAAGUUAU